AUGGGCAAGGAGGAGGAAGAGAAGGGAGGGAGAGCACUUGGUGAUCCACUCAUAAAGGGACUGAAAGAAAUAGCAGACAAGAGACCACAAGAUCCUGUGACUUAUCUUGCAACAUAUCUCUUCAAUGCUGCAAACAAUCACAAGUCUAUUGGUAAUAUGCAGGAAAACAACAGGCUGAUAGCACCACCACCACCAGCAAAGGGACGUCUAGAAGCUGCUCCCAUACCAUCUGACAUGGAUCCACAAGAGGCAGAUAUUGAGGAGGUGCCAGAAACACCAGAAAACAGUGCAAUAGACAGAGAUGAACAUGGCCAGAGCAUGCUCCAUUUUGCUGCAGCGAGAGCACAUGGACGUAAUGGAUUAUUCCAGCUCCUGCAGGAGACUGGUUUGAAUGCUGGCUAUAGGGAUGAAUUGUAUCGCACAGCACGAGAUGUUGCAAUCCAGGCUAAUAUUCCUGACAAUAUUCAUGACAUUGAUAAGUGGGUCCUUCAUCUUGCUGCAAAUGGAGAGAGGGAGAAGCUUAUGGAGCUUCUGCUAGAGGGUUAUGAUCAUAUACUUGAUGUCGAAAAUGAUGAUGGACUGUCAAUAAUUGAGGUAGUAGCACAAAGUGAGCAGCCUGAGACAUUACAAUUUUUGCAGUCUAUAUCUGACUUUGAGGAAAGAAGAGAGGAGCUUCAUAAUGCCGUACGUCAGGGGAAUCUUUUAAGAGUUCGUGAGCUUCUUGAAGCAGAUGAUGCAGAACUUCUUGCUAUUGCAAAGAACAUAUAUGGUCGAAGCAGUCUGCAUAUAGCUGUACUGUGUCAAGAUGAAGAGAUCACACAGUUUCUGACUGAUAGAUUUCCUACAACACUGAAAACCGGAGAUAAUCUUGAAAGGACUGCAUUACACUAUGCAAUGGGUGUGGAAAAAGUUGAAGAACUAAGUACAUUCCUCAUAAGAGCAGGAGCCAGAAGAAUUGCAAAGGAUCUGCAUGAUGUGCCAGUACCUGACUGGCCAGUGUGUCAGAAGGCAACAGUGGAAGGAGGCCAGGAGCUGGGCAAUAUCAUGACGACAGGUGCCCAAGAGACAUAUUGGGUCACCAACGAUGAUGGUGUUGGUUUUGAAGAGAUUUGCAGAGUCCUAGAGAAUUCUGGGAAUGAAGAUGUUGCCGAUAUGGAACCAGAUGCAGCUGUUUUCUGCUGGCUGCUGCCGUCCCUGGCUGAGUCUAAUGCUACCUUCGCCUUUGUGAUGGAGAUGUAG